AUGGACGGAGGCACCGCGCACUCUGCACCUCCCGCUGACGCAGGCCAUGCUGCUGCUCAUACGGAUGGUCCUGCUCCAGUACAGGCAGAGACUCGCCAUGCCAACAACGCUCAAGGACAACACAGCGGCCCUCCAAGUGAGAAGAGCUCCAGCCCUGGACGAAUGACACCACGGCCCACCUUCUUGGAGAACCUUGCAGACUCUCGUGAUUCCCAGUUCAUGCUCAACCGGCGCGACUCUGAUGAUCUGGAUCGGUACUUUCACGGCCCGCGAGACCUGGACAAACACUCGAAAUGGCCCAUCAUGAUGCGGAUGCACGGCAGCAUCAUGCCGAAGAUGAUCCUCCCCAUCACCUUCGUCGCCGGCUGGUCUACUUGUAUAACCCUGAUUUCGCGCUUUGUUUAUAGACUUUCUGUUGAUAAUAUCCUCCUCACCGUUCUCGGUUUCGUCGUUGGUUUGUCACUUUCAUUUCGAAGCUCUACUGCCUACGAAAGAUGGGCGGAUGGCCGGAAGUACUGGUCGUUGCUUGUGCAGACGUCUCGUAACUUGUCCCGUACCAUUUGGAUCAACACACUCGAGCGGGAAGGUGAGCUAGGAAAAGAGGACCUAUUGAGGAAGCUCACCGCGAUCAACCUUAUCUUGGCCUUUGCAGUGGCUCUGAAGCAUAAGCUGCGGUUCGAACCGGAUGUCGGAUACGAGGAUCUAGCUGGCCUAGUUGGGUAUCUCGACACCUUUGCUAAGGAAGCUCACGAUCGCCAAGUCAUUCAGCCAAGGAAGAGGACGAUCUGGAAAGUUACUGGCGAGUACUUGGGCGUUUCUUUCGCAGAGUCGAACCCUCGGAAGCUCAUCAAACGCUCCAAAAAGCCCUUGGGACACCUACCCCUGGAGAUUCUGAACCACCUUUCGGCCUAUAUCGACUCAGUCAUCCGAAACGAAACACUCAACAUCAGUCUCCACCAGUCCCAGGCUAUUGCCUGCCUCGCCCAACUAAACGAAGUCGUCACCGGCACUGAACGCGUCCUCGACACCCCGCUCCCAGUCGCCUACAGCAUCGCAAUUGCGCAAAUCGCUUGGAUUUACGUUCUUGUCCUCCCCUUCCAGCUCUACGACUCUCUUGGCUGGGUCACGAUCCCUGGCUCCAUUGUCGCUGCGUACAUUAUUCUUGGCCUAGCAACCAUUGGCAGCGAAAUCGAGAACCCCUUCGGCCACGACGUAAAUGAUCUGCCUCUCGACACAUAUUGCAGACAGAUCGCGCUUGAACUGGAUAUUGUCACCGCUGUACCGCCGCCAAGUGUUGACGAAUUCACCUCCCGCGAGGACAACUAUGUCCUAUACCCACUUAGCACAUCGGGCCAGCCCGAAUGGAAGGAGCGCAGCGUGGAGGACAUCCGUGCUGCGCUGCGCGCUAAAGUCGUUGCUAACACGUCGCCGACAGCGUCCAAGACGUCCACCGUACUUGAGGAGGUGAAUACAAAGCUUAACAAGCAGUCAUCAGUAUAGCGAAGCACUUCCCCUGGGGACGACUGCAAACACAACACGAAACGGAAAAAAUGCAUGGAAUUUAGAGGGAAUUUGAACCUUUUUGCGCCGCAGCAUGGGAUCGGGCGUCUUCCUU